AUGCAUGCAGUCGUGAAGGGAGUCGUGGAGAAGGAGCGAGUCAAGGAGAUGAGGGAGGAAAUCCUGUUGACGCUCGAGGAAUACGUUGCCAACAAGGCUGCUUCUGCAGCACCUGUUAUUAUUGCCAGCACCACCAAUAACAGCAUAAUGAAAGCAAGAUUCGGCAAACUGUUGGGACUGCUCCUCUCUCUGCAAUCCAUCAAGCACCAACUGCUCCAAGAAAUCGAGAAUUACGCCAAAACCAAUGGGAAGGAGCAGCUGGAUUCCUUGCUCCGAGAAAUGCUGCUGGGAGCUGCACUCUAUUAUGCUGCAGCAGGCGGCGUGUGGUUUCCAGCAGCAGGGAUUGAUUCGCUGGCAAACCUGCCACCAUCAUCCAUCCAGCAUGCUAGCACAAAGCAUCAGCGUCGGAAGCAUCUACCGCAACAGUCGGAGCAGCAGCAGCAGCAGCAGCAGCAGCAGGGUCGGUACCUGAGCCUGCUCUCGUCGUCUAUGAUGCCGACACAUACGCAGCAGCAACAUCGUCGUCGACAUCGUCAUCACAAGCAAUACUUUAGUUUUCACGCCUGUGACGGUCUCUUUGUGUUAAUCCUGCAAAAGGCGGAUCGAAGUGCUGAGCAACCAAAGGUGUGUCCCCAACAACACAAAAAUAGUCCUCUGCUGGGUAGAAUGCAGGUCCAGGACAAGAUGUCCCAGAUCUGCACACUUCCCAGAAUGCAAGGAGGGAUGAGACAAAGAGUAUAUGUAUGCGGUGUUGAUGCUGAGGAGAUCACACUGGGCAGCCUGCCCAGCAUGUUCAACAAUGCAUUGGAUGAGGCGUUCUCCAUGGGGGACUUGGGUGUUCCGGCAGUUGUCCAAGAGAUGCUGCGCACACGGUCUGGAUCUGUGCAAGCUCAAGGGCUGCCCAUUUGGCAGCUUUGGACGUAUCUGUGUCCUGGGGCAUGGUUGGCGGACAAGCCCUCAGCAGUGGUUAUUCUUGUUGGUGAUGUGGAGUGUGUUGGAGACGCGGCGUCUUCUUUCAUCGUUCUUGAAGGAGGACGCUGUAGAUUGGCUGGACAGGUGUCAUCGGUGAUCAGCACAACAGAGGUUCCAGUCUCCAGCAGUGUUCCCAUUUUUGAGGGAAUCUCCAGCGAAAGUCCAGUCUUCCAAGUCACGGAAAGGAUUCUUGAUGAGGUGUCUUUUCCAAAGGCAUCCAUUGUUGGAGCAGGGGAUUUUCUCAACGGAUCCGACACUUCGCACAAUCACACAACAUUUGGAUUUCAAGAUCACAUGUACAAUCAAGUGGUUGCGGGGGUUUCAAGUUUUAUCGCGAUAAUGUUGUUGGUGGUUGGUAUUUGUGUUGGCAUUGCGAGCGGACUGAUCAUUUAUAUGGUCAGAGAAUAUGCCAUCAACAGAAGACAUCGUCGCGAUUAUACUGAGGUUCCGAUUGGGGAGCAGCGGACUUUGACUCCGGAAGUAGUGGAACUCCAGAGUGUGACUAGUGAAACGCGGAAUUCAACUUUAAAUACUACAAGUGAUCGUAAUGAUUUGGGAAUGGAAAGCAUCGAUCUUUGCGCUUUGUCGCCGAUUUCGCGUCAAGAACAAAAGCAUUAUGGUUCCGUGUCGUUGGUAUUGAGUAACGAUGGCGUGGUGAAGAGUUUCUUAAGGAGCGACGUUCCUUUUUGCGAGACUGCUUUGCAAUGUAGUUGUCUCCUCUUGCUUGUUGAUUUUUUGAUCCUCUUCUCCGGCACUCUGAGCACUCACUAA